AUGGCUUCCAACAUAACGUCCUUCAGCACCCUUCGGGCUCGCUCUUACGUAUUUCGUUUACCGCUCUUUACGCGCAUUGUUCUCCUGGUCAUUAUCGCAGCAUGGUUCGCAGGUCUUCAACAUUCGUGGGAUGUCAGGCACUGGGGCGCCCUGAUUCCUGACCAGCUGUCCUUUACCUCUUGUAAGCUUCCCUUGCCUGCCAGGCCGCUUUCUACAGGCGCACUUUGUACUCAUUGUAUUGUGGCGAUAGCAUACCGAAUGAAUACGUUCCCUUUCGUUCAUGUGAAUCUCAUCCAUACGAUCAUGAAUCUGGCGGCUCUCGCGCCGUUGAUGGAGCGGUUCGAGGCAGAAUUCGGCACCUUGACCUCUAUCGCCCUCUUCAUCGGCCCUCUGAGCACAAUCCCGGCUAUUCUCUACACCUUGAUCGAACGGUUCCUCUUCAAGGGCAACACCGAAGUUAUGGGAGCUAGCGUCUGGGUCUUUUUGCUCUUGGGCAUCGAGGCGAUUCGAACGUACAAGACGAACCCCCACCUGACGAUUGCGACGUACUCAAUUCCGACGUGGACAACCCCCCUGAUCCUCAUUCUGGUGGUUACGGCGCUCGUUCCUGGCACCAGCUUGCUUGGUCACCUCUGCGGCGUCCUGGUUGGAUAUCUCUUCGGCCUCGGCUACCUGAAGUUCCUCAGCCCACCCGAAAAGGCCCUGCGAUGGAUCGAGUCGAAGCUGAACCUCCUUGGCCGGCUGCCGCACUACGUGAGCGUCGACCAGAAGACAUACGGUCGAUUCGGGGUCUUGCCCACCAACACCCAUGCUGGUGGCGGCAGCGCACCGAUUGCGCUUGUUGGCACGACUCAACGACUUGGGCCAUGA